AAUCUUUCUCGCCCGCUUGUCCUUGUGAUGCUCAGGGUACAAUAGCAAACUCGCUGACCUGCGUGCAGCUUCAUAAGAGAGCUGAGAAGAUAGCUGUGAUGCUGAUGGAGAGGGGGCACCUGCAGGACGGAGACCACGUCGCACUCGUCUACCCACCAGGAAUAGACCUCAUUGCAGCAUUUUAUGGUUGCCUGUAUGCAGGCUGUGUGCCAAUAACUGUCCGUCCUCCCCAUCCACAAAACAUCGCAACGACACUGCCUACCGUCAAGAUGAUUGUGGAGGUGAGCCGGUCUGCCUGUCUGAUGACAACGCAGCUGAUCUGUAAGUUGUUACGGUCAAGGGAGGCGGCGGCAGCGGUAGAUGUCAGGACAUGGCCCCUCAUACUGGACACAGAUGAUUUGCCAAAGAAGCGGCCUGCCCAGAUCUACAAACCUUCUAACCCAGACACGCUCGCUUAUCUUGAUUUCAGUGUGUCCACAACUGGGAUGCUCGCUGGCGUAAAGUGCCUGAUCCAUAUUAAGCACUCAGUAUAUCAGUAUGUGCCGGCUAAGCUGAAGAACUCAGUUUUCCAGCUUGUGUAUUCUGGGCACCAAUCCGUUCUGAUCCCACCGUCUGAGCUGGAAACCAACCCUGCCUUGUGGCUUCUUGCUGUGAGUCAGUAUAAAGUCCGGGACACCUUUUGCUCCUACUCAGUGAUGGAGCUUUGCACCAAGGGGCUGGGCUCACAAACGGAAUCCCUCAAGGCACGAGGACUGGACCUGUCCCGGGUGAGGACCUGUGUGGUUGUGGCAGAAGAGAGGCCUCGAAUAGCUCUCACACAGUCCUUCUCAAAAUUAUUUAAAGACCUGGGCCUCCACCCACGGGCUGUUAGCACCUCAUUUGGCUGUAGAGUGAACCUGGCAAUUUGCUUGCAGGGGACCUCGGGACCAGACCCAACUACCGUCUAUGUCGACAUGAGAGCCCUGAGACAUGACAGAGUCCGCUUAGUGGAAAGAGGAUCUCCUCACAGCUUGCCCCUGAUGGAAUCAGGGAAAAUACUUCCAGGGGUCCGGAUCAUAAUUGCCAAUCCAGAAACAAAAGGACCACUGGGGGACUCCCACCUUGGAGAGAUUUGGGUUCACAGUGCCCACAAUGCCAGUGGCUAUUUUACUAUUUAUGGAGAUGAAUCCUUGCAGUCAGACCACUUCAGCUCCAGAUUAAGUUUUGGAGACACCCAGACCAUCUGGGCACGGACAGGCUACUUAGGGUUCCUGCGGAGAACGGAGCUCACGGAUGCAAAUGGAGAGCGCCAUGAUGCCCUCUACGUGGUGGGAGCAUUGGACGAAGCCAUGGAACUGCGAGGAAUGCGCUACCACCCUAUUGACAUUGAGACCUCGGUCAUCAGAGCCCACAAGAGCGUCACAGAAUGUGCCGUGUUCACCUGGACAAAUCUGCUGGUGGUGGUGGUGGAGCUGGAUGGGUCAGAGCAGGAGGCCCUGGACCUGGUUCCCCUGGUGACCAACGUGGUCCUGGAGGAGCACUACCUGAUCGUGGGCGUGGUGGUCGUGGUGGACAUCGGGGUCAUCCCCAUCAACUCCCGCGGGGAGAAGCAGCGCAUGCACCUCCGCGACGGCUUCCUGGCUGACCAGCUCGACCCCAUCUACGUGGCCUACAACAUGUAGGCUCGUCUCUUUGGCUUCUGUGGACUUACUGGAGAGUAGACAUUUUCCUCCAUGUCCACUGAGACGUGUGGAGCUAGGGCAGCAUUCGCCAGGAUGCAGGAGGCGGGCGGUGGGCUUCGCACCGCAGUCGCGACUGGCCUAGAGAUGAAAUGUGAAUUUACCACUGAAUUUUGCUCAGAAGGACUUUGGAUUACUGCCUUCAGUUUGUUGGAAAAACCCAUUUCAAAAACUUUUUUUUUUUUUUUUUUUUUUUUUUUAAUUAUUGGGUAAUAAGUGCUUUCUUCGUAAAUGUGGUAUUUUGUUAAGCCGAAAUAGCAAUUAAAAAAAAUAUCCUGCCCUCCAGAUGGGUUCUUUUAAACAAUUAAUGUAGUGUGACAAAGAAUUGUUUUCUCUGUUUUAAUGUGUCAUGAAAUCUUAAUGACAUGGAUCUGUUACUAAUUUAAGCCAUUGCUAGAUCUCAUCCUUUUAGGAAAGUUUAUUGAGGUACGAAAAAACCUUCCAACUAGCACCUUCCAAUUAGAGUUAGCAGCUUUCUUUGUCAGAAAUGCGCUGAAGGGACAAAGUCUGGCACACGGCCUUUGACGUUGGCCUAGAAGGAGAAGAAAUUAUAAAUAAGGUGUAUUUCGGCAACUAUCUUGCAAAUAUCUUUGUACUAAACUAAACAGAUAAAAUAAGUUAACUUCCUCAAUAUGUAAUUAUGUAUAAAACGUUUAAUUUAUUUUGAUCUCUUUAGAAGUAUAAAAGAGAAAAACAUUCAAGAAUAUUAAAGUCUUGUAAUGUUUGCUAAUAUAAAAAAGUGUUGUAUUAUCUUGCGUGGAUAGUAUCACAACAAAUAUAUAUAUAUGAACUAUAAAUUCACUCAUGAAAAGGAGAUUUUAAAGUUUAAAAUGCAGAACUUGUCACUUGCAUGGUGUGCUCUGCACUGUACCCACAUACACUUCGCUGUUGGAGCAAUCGCAGAUUGCCAGUAGCCCUGUCGAAAAGUUUCUUCUAGAACCAGAGACCAGCAAGUGAAAUUACUGCCACCUCAAAGAUGGUGACGGAAUUUAAAACUAAAUGUGCACUAUUUUUUCCUUUGCUGUGGAGACAACAGUGAAUGCGUUUAUUCCAGCAUGUGCUGAAGGCACUGAGGGGCUUUGGGUUGGCAAAUAGCACUGUUUUCUUAGCUGCAAGGAUUCGUUGCACAAUGUUUUCAUCAUUUUUGUUAGUGUCACCUUUUUUUGGUGUGAAAAGGAACGAUAUUCUGUGGUCAUUUGCAUGGGGUUGCGUUGACUCCCCCCAGGCGGCCACUGUGGGGAGUGGACAGUUUUAAGGGAAAAGACUCUUGUAGGCAAUCGUCCCCUCGUCUUAAGACCCAGCCAGUCUGUGUGAGCCUCUGGCCGCGGGGCUCCACAGCUCUGCACGAGCACCCCUGGGCUCACAGAGAGCCCUGGCUCUGCCAGGAACCCUCUGCUGCGCCAUCUCGCCGCCUGCGGACAAGCGCGUCCCUGGUUUCUGUCUCUGCUGCGCUGCCUUGCGCCUUUUAGUUUUCAGAGCUCCUCUGUGCACUUCUAAGUUGAGUUGGCUGCCGGUAUCCAAACGAGAAGGAGAUAUCAGCAACCCAAGAGGGAUUUGUUUCAUAAUUGUCCCAGUAUGAUCCUGCAGUGGCUCUCGGUACUAGAUAUGCAUGACUAAGACUGUUGCUGGGCAAAAUUUAGAUUCUGUUUUCAUUAUAUUGUAGGCAGUGUCUUUGCCUUUGCUAUAUGCAGCCAGCAGUAAGCCCUUUGCUAAAAGAGAGUUUUGUUUGACUUCUGAGAUCCAAGGCUGAUUGUUUUUUUAAAAAAUUUUAAGUGGCACAUUUUUUAAAAAAAUUUCUCUGCAUCCUUCCAUCUCCACAGAUCAUCUGAUUCUUCAAAUAUUGCUUGACCUCAUUGAUACAUAUGAAUAUUUCUCUACAUGCUUCAGAUACACAUUCCUACAGUCUUCUGCUUCCUAAGGGGGAAAAACCCCACCACACACAGAAAAAAAGACAUUUUCUUAUACAUACCUAUCUUGUUUAAAGGCAAGUUAGAUUAGGGUUUCAGAUAAGAUACUGAUUGUGAAACAUAACUACGAUGUGCAAGAAAACUUGUGAGGUCCAGCUGAUGUCAGGAAGCAAAGCAAACUUGGAUGUCACUUUAAACACAAUUUAACCUUCACCAUAUCAACUUUACACUCAAGGAGGGCGAACGCUGCCGUGAAGUUGCGGUCACAGUUAACAGCAGAUCUGCAUCCUGCCACCUCUGACGUUAGAGUCUAGGUUCAGAAGAGUUGGUGGACUGGAAUGGGAGUUUGAGUGUGCAAGAAGAGGAAAGGAGACACUUAAGUACCACCAGUUUCAGCAAUAAAGGAGGAUCUUUCUGUAUUAGAAAUUGUACUGUAGAUAAAUCAUUCAUGAGAAUGUAAAAAAUGUUUGUCUUGUGACCUUGUGCUUUUGAAGUCAGACAAAACCGUGUAAUCAACUUGCACAAAAAGAGGGUACACAGUGAACAUUUAAACACAGACCUAAUCAAACAGGAGCAGAUUCCUCAUGGUGCUUGUUUAUUAUAUAUAUUUAAUCCUGCUUGACACUUUACCCAAGGGAAGCAGUCCCUUUAUCAGUUGGAUGUUAGCAGCGUUAUUUCAGAGUGUGGUGACUGGUUAGAGAAAUUCAUGUACUCAACCAAUCACAGUUUCAAACAAAAUUUUUAUGUGCAAAGGACAGCAACCUUCUUGUAUGUUAAACCACCAGUACGCUUUGUACAUCUGUGAUAACGCCUGUUUUAUAUUCAAAUGAACAAAUAAAAGCUUUUAUUUUUGUUGCUCUGAAAA